CGGAAAUUACCAAAGAACCUGGUUUCAUUUUGACUCUGGUCGGUUCUUGAUACGGUUUAGCAGAAGAUUCAUCAACAUAUCAUCCCAGUGAUCUGGUUUUAUCUCAAAUUUGAAGGAACAUAUGGAAAAACCAAGAAAUAUUUUUAGGGUUUGCUCUCUUUUAAUGGCGUUUUUGUUUGCUUAUUCUGCAUCUGUCCAGCUUAACGAUCCUGAUUGGUACUUUUGGUUUCCUCUGUACACACUAGCUUUUGCAGUUAAUCUGAUUAACAGCAAAAGAGUAUCUAAAUCGAGAAGAAUCAAACAGAUCACGAGAACAACUCUUAGCUUGGGUCUGUUUUUGUUGGUUAAAGUUGUUGCAGAGGAUGUCUUGACAGAGAAAGUUGGAGUCUUGUCUUUGGAUCUCACUCAUAGAGUGGUUAGAGAGAAGAUCGGAAGUGCUUUGGUGAUAGCUUCCAUGGUUCUUCAACUACGAGCUUCUUCUUCAAAACCAAAAGAGAAAUGCGUUGACUUUGGCAAGGAGUAGCAACAUUUAAUCCUUAAAAGAGCUUUAAACAUUAAUCCGGAUUUAAUUAGUUUCGGUUCGGCUUUCUAGGUUUUUUUUGGUUUAUGAAAAUAAUAUAGAGGACUUAGUGGAAGUUAAACUUUUAUAGAGUUGAUUAAUUUUAAUAAUUGAGAAAUUUUGUUAAAUUUAUAUUAAAAAACCAUUAAAAUUGGAGAAAAUUUUGUAUUCAGAACAACCAUCCUUGGGCCCAAUCAACCCAUUGAUGAUGAGAAUAUAGUCUUUUAAAAAAUUGUAUGUGAGAAUCUGUUAUUUAAAAAGGUAUGUUUUAAGAUUUAAAUUUAAAUUGCA